ACUAUGAGCGGGAAUUCCAAUUUCUACCUCCAUCUGGUUUCCAUGUCUUCCUUCAUCUCUCUUCACAUAUAUAUAAUCAUCAUGCCGUUUCUUUCUCCAGCAUUCUCUAAACCACGAUCUUACUCGAAUUAUGGCCACAUUUCAUAGCUUAAUUGACCUCAUUAACAAUAUUCAACGAGCUUGCACCGUUUUAGCCGAUCAUGGAGGACAUGAACGCCUUUCUCUCUUGGAAUCUCUCCCUACUGUAGCCGUCGUCGGUGGCCAGAGCUCUGGUAAAUCAUCCGUACUGGAAAUCGUCGUUGGAAGAGACUUUUUACCUCGUGGAUCGGGCAUUGUAACUAGGAGGCCUUUGCUAUUGCAACUACAUAAGUUAGACAAUGGAGUUGAUGAGUAUGCUGAGUUUCUUCAUGCACUAAAUAGUAGAUUUACUGAUUUUGAUGAUGUGCGCAAGGAGAUUGCAGAUGAAACAGAUCGCGUUACAGGGAUGACGAAACAAAUUUCUAGUGUUCCGAUUCACUUGAGCAUACAUUCCCCAAAUGUGGUAAAUUUGACGCUUAUAGAUCUUCCUGGUCUUACCAAGAUUGCUGUUGAAGGACAGCCAGAUAAUAUUGUGCAGGAUAUUGAAAACUUGGUUAGAUCCUACAUUGAAAAGCCCAAUUGCAUCAUCUUGGCCAUUUCUCCUGCUAAUCAAGAUAUUGCUACUUCUGAUGCUAUAAAGCUUGCAAGAGAUGUUGAUCCUACAGGUGAAAGAACAUUUGGAGUGAUCACAAAACUUGACCUGAUGGAUAAGGGAACAAAUGCUUUAGAUGUUCUUGAAGGAAGAGCUUACAGGCUUCAGCAUCCAUGGGUUGGAAUUGUUAACCGUUCACAGGCUGAUAUAAACAAGAAUGUUGAUAUGAUUGCUUCCCGUAGAAAGGAGAGGACAUAUUUUGAAUCUAGCCAAGAGUAUGGCCACCUAGCACAUAAUAUGGGAUCAGAAUAUCUAGCAAAACUUCUAUCACAGCAUCUGGAGACUGUAAUCCGACAGCGUAUACCAAGUAUCAUCUCUUUAAUAAACAAGACAAUUGACGAACUUACAACAGAAUUGGAUCUCAUUGGCAAACCCAUCAGCAUAGAUGGAGGGGCCCAGCUAUACAAGAUUCUGGAAUUAUGCCGUGAAUUUGACCGUGUUGUUAAGGAACACUUGGAUGGAGGGCGUCCAGGUGGAGAUGGGAUCUACAAUGUAUUUGACAAUCAACUACCGGCGGCAAUGAAGAAAGUCCCAUUGGAUCUUCAUCUAUCUAUGAAUAAUGUCCGCAAAAUUUUAAUGGAAGCUGAUGGAUACCAGCCACAUCUAAUUGCCCCUGAACAAGGGUACAGAAGACUUAUUAGUGGAUCCCUUGGAUACUUCAAAGGCCCAGCUGAAGCAUCAGUUGACGCAGUGCACUUUGUUCUAAAGGAACUUGUAAAGAAGUCAAUCUCGGAGACACAAGGUUUGAAACGAUUUCCUUUGCUUGAAUCAAAAAUAGCAGCAGCAUCCAACAAUGCAUUGGAAAUAUUUCGAGAUGAAAGUAGGAAAUCGGUUCUUCGUUUGGUGGACAUGGAAUCAACUUAUGUAACAGUAGAAUUUUUUAGGAAACUUCAUGUCGAACCUGAAAGAAUUCCAAAUGGUUCAAAUCCUGUUGGGGUCAUAUAUCCAAAUAUGGAUCCUUAUUCAGACAACCACUUGAGGAGGAUUGGAACAAAUGUUACAGCUUAUGUGAAUAUGGUGGGUGAAUCACUGAAGAACAAUAUUCCUAAAGUCAUUGUCACAUGUCAAGUGUUACAGGCCAGGAGAAACUUGCUUGAACAAUUUUACCAUUGGAUAGGUCGAACCGAGGAUGAAGUGAAGAAAAUGUUGGAAGAGGACCCAAAACAAAGUGAAAGAAGAGAGCAAAUUGCUAAGACCCUCCAACUCUACAAAUCAGCUAGAGAUGAGAUCAAUUUAGUUUCAUGGAGAUGAUUAUUACUUGCAAAUUGCUAAAAACACAUCUUAAAAUUGCUUAUUAUUUUCAAUGGGCCUAAUUAAGCUAAAAGAAACUAACUGAUUCAUCAAAGAAACUUAAAUUAUUUAA